AGGACCCAGACAACAGAGUCCUGGCACCUUGCCUCUGGUCCUUACUCAACCAUCUCAGAGGAUCUGACUUUGGUUUCCCAGUCCUGCAACAGAGCUGAUCAUCCUUCCAUCUCUGGAAAAAGCACAAUACACCAGAAAGAUGUGGACAUGAAUUUGAAUUCAUCAGUUCACUCAGAGGAUGUGGUAUCAAAGGCGCAAGUGAACAAUGGAGUUGUUCCAUUUAAGGAUGGCAUUGAUGAGUGCAGGAAGAACAAUAACCAGGGAAAUAAAGCAGGGAAUACCAUUUCAGAGCAGGACUGUGAUCAAGGGAGAAGUACUGAGCACAAGGGUGUACCCACUGCAAAAAUAUCAUAUGAAGAAAGCAACACUAAAAUGGAUAAAAGCACACAAGCUGAUGAGGCCCCUGAUGUGAACUACAGCCCACACAAAACAGGUACAAAAGGGACUCAGUCAUCAAUUGAAUCCAGUGCCAUAAAGAAACAAGGAUCAUUUGAUAACACACUGAAAAAACAAAACUCGUUUGACAAGAGUUUUAAAAAGCAGCCAUCAUUUGAGAACACCUUAAGAAAGCAGGGCUCUUUUGAGAACACCGUCACCUCCAGCUCUUCAAGUCUGGAGAGGCGGAAGCCAUGGGGAAGCCCUAGUCGACCAGCAACUCCUUCUUCCCCUAAAACUACCUCCUGUUCCCCCAAGAGAAGACCGCCUGGUUCUCCAGCGAAGGUCCAGGGCAUCAGGGCACUGAGCUUGGAGCGCAGCCAGUCCCCUCAGAGAGGUUUAAGUCAAACAGUCAAAAUGCCAGGUAAGACAAGUUUGAGCAGUGGCAUCCCCAAACCUGUAAUUCCUCAGCAGAAAGAGCCUGAACCCAGGAGGUCUUCUCCUCCCCAGAAACCUAAAAAUGUCCGACCAAAAAUCAUCACCUAUGUGCGAAAGAACCCUCAAACAAAAGCACAAGGUACAGAUGCCCCACUCGAGGCCUCCACACUCCCAGUAAGACUAUCUUCUUACUCCAGUCCGCCAGCUCACAAAGACCUAAAGGUUGGUCCUCAGCCUAAAUCCACAACGGCACUAUGCUCCUCCAACCUGCUGUUUGAGAAAUAUCGACAGGAGAUGCAGAAAGCAGGGUACUGUCCACCAGGCAUGGCUGCGUCUGGUGUGAAACCUCCAAGCAGCACCAUCCCUCAAAGGCUGAGUGGGAAGUCGGACAGUUUUCAUGAGGAUAUGCCUGAGAAAUAUCACCUAGAGCAUGUUUCCCAGGAGGGUGGCAGUGUCUACCGCUCACCCAGAGCUCUAAGGCCUCAGCUGGGGUUAGGAGCAGUCACCAGGCAGCCUGCAGCAAGGACAAGAGUUCAGCAGACAGGUCAAAGGUCAGCCCCGGCCCCAAGCCAUUCUGCUCAGGCAGCUGGAGUAUCCACACAAAGCUAUCAGGACCCUGCAGGAGAGCAAAAGAGGUCAGGCGAAAGAGGUCCAGAAACCAACCCCAAGAGCCUCCUGCUCAAACAGGGCCAGUCCGGUCUCCGUCCUCCAGGCUUCUCCGCCCUGCCAGCUGCCCGUCUGGCUGCCUUUGGCUUCGUCCGGAGUUCCAGUGUCUCGUCUGUGUCCAGCAACCAAUCUAACGACAGCAGUCACAGUGAUCCCUGCCGACCUUCUCAGCAUCCAGGCAGUGGUAGCGAUGACACGCCUCUCCACAAAGCCACCGAAGCCUCCUAUGUUCAGAGCCGGUCUCAACCUCCCAACGCCCCCAGCCUCCAGCGCCGCACUUUGCCACCACAGCGCAGCUCCCCGCUAGCCUCUAGGAGAGAGCUGCAGAAGGACAUAGAGGCUGUGAUGCCGCCAAAGUCCUCCCCUAAAAGAUUUGCGGUGGUUUCGCCCAAGCCACAGUCCCCUGGUGAGUCUUACAUAUCACAUUGCAGCCUGUUGUUCAUCCUUCUGCUCUGUGUUUCUGUAGUUCGUGGGCGGACAGCAGCAGUUCAUGGAGCUGUUCGGACUGAAAGGGCCCAGGAGCUGGACCGGGCUCUGAUCCAGCAGCUGCGGGAACGCUGUGAGCAGCAGGCCCUGCAGCUACAGAGCCUUCAGGCCCAGUUAAAGAAGGCCUCCCUGUGCCUGGACGUUUUCAGCAUCACCACCCAGCACUUCUGUCACAAGAGUGAGAGUGCCAUUGUGAAGGAGAGGGAACUGUCCCUGGAGCUUGCCAGAAUCAGGGAUGAAGUGGCUUUCAGUGUUGCACACUGGGAGCAAUUGCAGCAGGAGAAGGGGCAACUGGAGCGUCGUUUUGAGGCUGAGCUGCAGGGUUUGCGGGCUCAGCAGCAGAGGGAGCUGGGAGUGCUGGAGAAGCGGCUGAAGGCGCAACACACAGCUGAGGCCAAGAGCCUGCAGGCCCAACAACGAGGCGAGCUGGAGGAGCUACGAUUCAAACAGCAAGAGCAGAUUGAGGAGAUGAGUGAGAACCACGAGACUACCUUGAUGGAGAUGGAGACAGCUCACAAUAACACUCUGGCCACUCUCCAGGAGGAGCAUGCCAGAACUGUGAAGAAUCUAAAGAUGGCCCAUGAACAGCAGACAAAGUCUCUGGCAGAAGAGUUUGAGAAAAUCAGAUUGUCACUGCAGGAUCAGGUGGACACGCUGACGUUUCAGAAUCGUAGCCUCAGAGACCGUGCCAAGCGCUUUGAAGAAGCUUUGCGCAGGAGCACGGAUGAGCAGAUAGUGGAUGCUUUGGCACCAUAUAAACACAUUGAGGAGGACCUGAAGAGUCUGAAAGAAGUUCUGGAGAUGAAGAAUCAACAAAUUCAUCAACAGGACCUGAAGAUCUCAGAGCUGGAGAAAAUAGCUGAAAAGAAUGUGUACCUGGAGGAGAGACUACAAGUGUUACAACAGCAGAACGAGGACCUGAAGGAAAGAAUAGACAAGAACGUUGCUGUGUCCAGACAACUCUCGGAGGAGAAUGCAAACCUGCAAGUGCACGUGGAGAAGGAGAGCAACGAGAAGAAGCGUCUGAGUCGCACUAAUGAGGAACUGCUCUGGCGUCUUCAGACAGGCGAGCUGAGCCCUCGCAUGUCCCCCAGCUCCUCCCCCAUCCAUAGACCCUCCUCUGGACCAGGUUCUCCUGCCCGCCCACACUCCUACCAUCAAUGAAACUCUCAAUGGAAGCUCUUGUAUCAAACGCUUUCUUUUAACUGGCAUCAGAAGCCCUGAUUUUUUUAAAAGUCUCUGUUGAAUGUUUGUUAGGACUUCCCACUAUGUAAAUGGACAGACAUAGUAAGUUUGUUUCCUGGAAAAUGCCGCUCACAUGUGACGCAUUUCCAAAGUCCAACCCCAGGAAUUUGAAUCUCUGACCUAAAGAACUGUAUUAACGGUCACACCUCUUAUUGUUCAAAAGGGAAUUCUCUGCCCUCCUCUUUUUCUAUACCACCUGAAUGGUCCACAAAACAAACGUGCUGUGAUACCGCAGUAGAUAAAAGACCUGGUCAUUGUAGACUUCAGAGAGCAGGAUCAGAGUCAUGGUGCCUCAUUUCCAUGUUUUCGCCUCCAUCUACAUCACCACCUUCUCAUCCAGCGCUCAGGAUGAUGGAUGUACGAGACAUAACAAAUAUCAAAAGUGCAACAACGAACACAAGAAGCGCCUUUGCUGUCCAUUUUCUCCCACCAGCAACGUUUAUCAAGGCACAGGGAAUACUUCGAGUAAAUCACAAACCUACCUACAGUAAGUAACUCUAAAAGUGUGGAUACUUCUCUGGGGCAUGUUUACCUUUUACUGCUGAAAUCUUUCAUAUAGAGUGUAUGAAUGACUACCUACCCAUCUAACCUCAACCUUCCAACAACUAGAUAUCAGCAUUUACCUGAAAUGUAAGAUUACAACAACAUGACAACUCAUAAAUCCAUUGAACUGCCAACACAGUGUAACUAUGAUAUUGAUUAUAAUUUUCAAAAACUAUAUAUGUAUUGCUCUCUUUAAAGCAUGUUCUGUCUUCCAGUUAAAAUAAAUUUUAUUUUAGGAUUACCUACAGUGUAACAACAUGGAGAAGGAAGGUGAAGGGGCAACACAAGUUAACUCUGAUUUCUAAUAAAACAGUGCAGUUAUUCAAAUGGAUCUGCAGGAUCUGUAGAAACCACCAAAGAGGAAAUCAUGAAACACAGCAGUUCGUUAUGUACUGUAUAGUUGUCAUAUGUCUAGAGUUUAGUGCUGCAGAAUCAGCCAUAAAUGGUGCAGACAUUGCAGUUCUUAUCAUAAUGUAUUGACCUGAGCACAUGUAAAUCAAACGUUGUUGUUGUUGCAUUUGGACAGUUGAACAUGCUUUCUCUUUCUUUACGUCAACCUCAUCAUUGCUCUUGCAGUUGAUUCAAAUUUUCCCCGCUGCUGAUUGUUUUCUGUGUGUUUUGAAAUUCCUCACAGAAACCCUCAUGAGAAAAUGUAAUGCAAAUUACUAAAACUAAUUGCUUGAUUCAUUCACCAUUUGUACCUCCAAUUGAAUCUUUUGACUCGCAAAAUUCCUGUCCAAAAUCAAAGAAUUAAAACUGACUUAAUCAGAGAAAAAAGUAAUUCAUGAAAAUCUGCAAGCUGAUACCUCAUUUCUCAUAGCAGAUAUUCUCAGGUCUUGAGGAGAAUUAUGAGUCAUCAAAGGGAAGCAAUUGCCAUAACUUUUUUUUUUGUAUUAAUUGUAAUCUUUUUUAUACUUUUGCUUAUGUUUACAUAAUCACUCAACUCAACAGUCUCCUUUGCAAGAUAUCCUUUGUAUGAAAUAAGUUGGAUGUACAAAAUAUGUUUAACUAUGUUAAAGAGCCUUGUGCAGUCAGCAAAUAUAUAAAAAUAGAUUGAAGAAAUAUUGCUUUUAUUAUAAUGAUAUGAUAUAAUAAUCAGCUACCCCAGAGACAUCAAAUGUGGAAAUCUGCUCAAACAGGGAUUUGGUUUCAGGUGAGUUGCAUUUACUGUUAGGACAACAAGUUGAUUAUGUUUAACUUGGUUUUACUGUGUCCUAAAAGAAAGUGGAAAUGGUAUUUCUCUCCAUCAGGUACUCCGAUUGCACUGAUUCCCUCUGUGUCCUGUGGACAUGACCUUGUACUCAUUUACUGAAUGUUUGUCCAACACUAGAAUAAGAGGUUUUGUUUACAGUUUACAUCCAGUGUCAGAGAAGGUUGGUCUAUCAGGUGGAUGUCAGUUCUUCUGUUCAUUGUUUACAGGACUUCUGUUGUAAAGAUUGUAUUCAGUAUUUUAAAAGUUCAUGCUCUGGAUGAGUUUAAAUGAAAGCAUGUCUUUAUUAGGAUGUUAUGCAUUAUUUUUAUUUUACAUUUCUUGUGCAUUUCAUUGACUGAUUGAUUUAUGUGUCCCCCGCCAGAACUGCAACUGUAGCUUAGCUGGUAAAAAUAUUGUGGUCAGUGAUGAGACACUAAUGUCUAUACAGUACUGUAUAUGUUGCACUUUGUAU